CUAGGGACGGACCUUGGCAGAAAGGUUUCCAUUCCAUCGAAAAAAAAUUGAAGGAAGAAAGCGUCUACACGAAAAAUUGUUUUCUUAGAGAUUUCAACUUGAUCCACUUCUUUCUUUUUCCAGAUCUUGCUUGUUGCUCCCAUUUUUUAUUUUCUGGUUUCUUAGUCUCCCUCGUUUUGCAGAUAGACUUUAUGUGAAUUCGGCUUGCCCUGCUAUACUCUAAAAUCUAAAUCACGGCGGAGGUUUGGAUGUUAAUAUGGGCAAUUCGUCACGCAGUACCGUCAGUAGAGUACCCAAUGACGCCUUGAAAUUGAAGCUUAUCGUAGGUGCAUUUGUGGGAGCAGUAGUUGGCUUCUGUAUUGGAGUGUCAUUUCCAGUGUUAUCAUUAACUAAAUUAAAUCUCCCAUCCAAUAUUUUUCCAACUGUUGGUCUCGCCUAUAUUGAUGGAAGAAGAAGCUCAGACCGCUCCAAGGGGUUAUUUCUCGAUGUUCGGUCCUCUGUUAAGAAUAAUAAUAGCAACUCAAACCAAACUCGGACUUCGAACGAAACAUCAAUGAUUUGGGUCCCAUCAAAUCCUAGAGGUGCAGAAACCCUUCCUCCAAAAGUUGUUUCUUCUGAAUCAGAUUUGUAUGCACGUAGACUGUGGGGCAAUCCUAGUGAGGACCUGACCACCAAGCCGCAGUAUCUUGUCGCUUUUACAGUUGGUUACAACCAAAGAUACAAUAUUGAUAGAGCAGUCAGAAAGUUUUCAGAUAAUUUCGUUAUCCUUCUCUUUCAUUAUGACGGACGAACAUCAGAAUGGGAUGAAUUUGAAUGGUCAAAGCGAGCUAUUCAUGUUAGUGCUCGUAAGCAGGCCAAGUGGUGGUAUGCCAAACGAUUUUUGCAUCCUGACAUUGUUGCACCAUUUGACUACAUUUUUAUUUGGGAUGAAGACCUUGGAUUGGAUCAUUUUGAUGCAGACGAAUAUAUGAAGUUGGUAAGGAAGUAUGGGUUAGAGAUUUCACAGCCAGGUUUGCAACCAAGUAAAGGUUUAACUUGGCGAAUGACAAGGAGAAGAGAUGGGAGUGAAGUUCACAAAGAUACGGACGAAAGACCAGGAUGGUGCAUUGAUCCUCUUUUGCCUCCCUGUGCUGCUUUUGUUGAGAUCAUGGCUCCAGUUUUCUCGCGAGAGGCAUGGCGUUGUAUUUGGCAUAUGUUACAGAAUGAUCUGGUCCAUGGUUGGGGUCUUGACUUCCUACUCAGACGAUGUGUGGAUCCUGCACAUGAAAAGAUAGGAGUUAUUGAUGCACAGUGGAUUGUUCACCAAGGUUUGCCUUCACUUGGAAGCCAGGGAGAAUCACAAAAUGGACAGGCACCAUGGGUAGGGGUGAGUGAACGGUGUAGAAGAGAAUGGACUAUGCUUCAGAGUCGGUGGACAAUUGCCGAGAAUGCUUACUUAAAUGAUGUUGAGGAUGGGGUCAUCCCUUCGCAUUCAGUAAUGCAUUAGAGAAUAGAGCUAGUACCCUUUGAUUUGUACGAUAGUAGUACAUGUAUACUAAGCCAAGAUUUAACUUCGUAAGGUGACAUGAGAGAGCCAAGCUCUUAAGUGAUUACUUCAUCAAUUUUUUAUUUGUACAAUUGAAUUCAAAUUCCUUCAUUUUGUAACAUGGUCACUAAGAAUGCAACUCUCAAAGGCUUGUUGUAUUUGAAACCUUGCUGUAACCUGAUAGUUAGAAUAGCCAACAGCAGAAAACUUGAAUCGCCUUUCAAUUCUGAUUUAAA